AUGGAAGUACGCAUAAAAUGUUCCUACAUUGUAAGACCAACUAACCCAACAUAUAAGGGUGUUUAUCAAUUAUCCGAAUGGGAUCAAAUUGGUGUGAUCACCCAUGUUCCUACAAUAUACUUUUACAAGUCUUCGGACGAGUGGGUCGCAUCGUCCAAGUCAAUGAUUGACAUCCUUAAGGAGUCGUUGAGUCGGGUUUUGAUCUACUUUUAUCCCUUAGCUGGUCGUAUUCGUUGGAAAGGGGGAGGGCGGCUUGAGCUUUUAUGCAAUGGGAAGGGAGUCAAGCUCAUUGAAGCCGAGUCUUAUAAGUGUCUGUGUGACUUUGAUGAUUUUGAUUCUCAAACGGCCGUAUUUGAGAACCUCAUUCCUUUUGUUGACUAUAAUAAACCAAUUGUUGAGUUGCCUUUAGUGUUAGGGCAACUCACCAAGUUUAGAUGUGGUGGUGUUUGUUUAGGAGUGAAGAUAUCUCAUGCUGUAGUUGAUGGGCAAAGUGCACUCCAUUUCAUGGCCGAGUGGGCUAGGCUAGCUCGUGGUGAACCACUCAAGAUGGCUCCCUACAUUGAUCCAUACAUCUAUCAGAAUCAAUACCUACCUAAAAUUCUCACUCGUAACAUACAUAUAGAAUUCAACCCUCCACAAUUCUUAGUCGGGGAAGAAAGCAACGUAAAGGAGCGUGAAAAGGCAACCAGUGUGUCUAUACUACAUCUAACAAAAGUCCAUGUGGAGAGCUUAAAGAAAGCUUCUAAUGUAAAAUCUGAAUGUCAUAUUAGACGUCCUUACACUCGUUAUGAAGUUAUAUCGGCUCAUAUAUGGAAAUGUGCUUGUAAGGCACGUAAACAUGUUUAUGAACAACCAACAUACUUAGAUUUCUCGAUUGAUGUACGUAAUCGUGUACACCCUCCGUUACCACCAAAAUACCUAGGCAAUGCCAUUUUAGAUAUGGUAGCCUCCUCUAAAUCAGGAGAAAUAAUGACAAGGCCAUUAAGAUAUACUUGUGCUAGGAUAAGAGAAGCAAUAGAAAAAGUCAACGAUGAAUAUAUUUGGUCAAACAUUGACUUUUGGAAAAGUUUGCCUGAUUUGUCACCAUUUCAAGAUAUCCAUGGACUUAAGAGUAAAGAAGGUCCAUUUUAUGGUAACCCAAAUAUUGGGGUUAUAAGUUGGUUGACUCUUCCAAUAUAUGGGCUUGACUUUGGGUGGGGAAAGGAGAUUUAUAUGGGCCCAGGCACUCAUGAUUCUGAUGGUGAUUGUUUGAUACUUCCUGGGCCUAUGAAUGAUGGAUCAGUCAAAGUUGCUAUUUGCUUACAAGUGGGCCAUAUGGAUGAAUUUAAAAAAUAUUUUUAUGAAGAUAUUCCUACUUGA